AAGUUAAACAAAAGGUGAUGGGCCUGGCCCAGUUAAAGAAAAGAAAGAUGCUCAUGCUCUAUUCACCUAUCGUCGUCUGAAGAUAGAGUGAGAGAUUGAGAAGGGCGUAGUUACCUCACUCAAUUUCGGCCUUUUCUCCAAACCCUAAUCUGCUCCAAGUUUCCAUUUUUUUUUACUUGUUCUGCCAAAUUUCUGAAAUCUGGUCUUCUUAUAUUGGUCGAUGGGUUCGGAGAAUCAUGUAGUUGUGGAUGUUAGUUCAGACGAAGAGGACAUCGACAGAGACUACUUGAACUGGCUAAACAAGGACAAAUCCGACAGCACUGAUGUAGUCGAGGUGAAAGGCAGCGUUCGUUCUCAGCUAAAUUCUUCGACUCAAGCAGCUUUGGAGGAUGACGACGACGACAAAGAUUGUGUCAUUUUGGACUGUGAUCCCGACAAGACUACUGCUGCAGCAGUUGAAGCUGAAGCUGAAGCUGAUGAUGAUGACGAGGUGCUUGUAGUGGGUCAAAAGGGUGAGAUAGCGUGUAGAGAUUUCCCUCACCCAAGACACUCGUGUGCUAAGUACUCCUUCAACUCAACAUCACAUGAGAGUUACUGCGACAUGUGUCACUGUUACGUGUGUGACAUCCCUGCUCCUUGUCCAUACUGGUGCGUCGCUCUCUCCGGCGUAGAUCAUUGUCAUGCUAAUGAUAAAGACAAGACAUGGAUGAAUCAACGCGAAUACUUGAGGCUUGGAGGAAAUAUGCCCACCACCCUAGUACCAGCUGCCCAUGCUACAGUGUCUCCGUCUCAGAGUAUUAUCCCCUUGUCCCAAAAGGGCCAAAACCCUUCGCCAAGGAAUAAUAAGAUUGAGAUCCAGGCUUGCUCAUCAUCAGCAUCCACCCGUGUUGCUAAUCUCUCAAACGUCAGAGGCAAGAGUAGAUCAUUGAGCAGCAGUGUUAGCAUCCAAAAGGAUACAAGUACUUAUAUGGGUAACUUAAGGAGGUCUCGAGUGGCCUCUUCAGGAACUCGGUCUUAUGGUAACAACGUCAAGGUGGGUCACUAUACCAAUGCUAAAGUUUCACGAUCCACCCACCGUAGUAACACUUCCGUAGUGUCACCGACAAUAAACCCAGAAAUGUACACUCAACAACAACAACAAAAUUGUCAGCUCAACGUUACUGAUUAUUGUUGUGCAGCGGUGACCACCGGGUCUCAGAGCAAUGCAGAUCUGUUUACUCUACCUGAGUGGGGUUCGACAGUUCAACAGCAACCGGGAACUAACGAAAACGUCUUGCAGACCAAGCUGUCGGAAGUUGAGAGCUGGCUUAUGGACAGUUGUAACCAAGCCGGCCUGGUAGCUCAAGACAAUGUGACAUUCGAUUUCGAAACCUUCCUGAAUGAUUGAAACAAUACUAUCUUCGUUAGAAAGCUAGCUUUCGUAUGUACUGUAGGGAUUUUCAGCAGAUAGAUUUAAUCGUUUGUUUUAGCGAGGAUGCAAAACCAACAGCGGAGGAAGGGAGGGAAGGGUUUGUAGUUUACUGACGCCUGUAUCUUUUCUUCUUCCUCACCAGAAAAAAAGAAGUUAAUUUUUUUGGUUAACGAAGCUAGUGUUGCCUGA